CUGUGAGUCUAGGGGAGCGACCCAAAAGCCGCAGUGAUGCCAGCUUAGGAUGCUCGAUGCUUUAAUUUUCUAUACGUGUGUUUUUGCGAUAGGCCUUUAAACAGAUCCGAAUACAUUUGGGACAAGACAUUGUUAUUCGCAUUGUGUCGCGUGACCUUGCGCUGAAUGUCAUUAUAAGGGAUUUUAAUCUCGCUACGAAAAUUAGGAAUUCAGUUCCAGAGAUGGAUGUUAUAAGGCAUAUAAUCAACGACACCAUUGAAUUCUACAAAUGGAGUCUUACCAUUGCAGACAAGCGUGUGGAGAAAUGGCCUCUGAUGGACUCUCCCCUCCCCACACUGGCCAUCAGUUUAUCCUACCUGCUCUUCCUCUGGCUGGGGCCAAAGUACAUGCAGGGCAGAGAGCCAUUCCAGCUGAGGAAGACCCUCAUUGUCUACAACUUCAGCAUGGUCAUCCUUAACUUCUUCAUAUUUAAAGAGCUCUUUCUUGCAGCAAGGGCAGCCAGCUACAGCUACAUCUGCCAGCCUGUGGACUACUCAGAUGAUCCUAAUGAAGUCAGGGUGGCUGCAGCCUUGUGGUGGUACUUUAUAUCUAAAGGUGUGGAAUACCUCGACACAGUGUUUUUCAUCUUGCGCAAGAAAUUCAACCAGAUCAGCUUCCUGCAUGUCUAUCAUCACUGCACCAUGUUCACUUUGUGGUGGAUUGGCAUCAAAUGGGUUGCUGGCGGACAGUCAUUCUUCGGGGCUCACAUGAAUGCUGCCAUACAUGUUUUGAUGUACUUAUAUUAUGGGUUGGCGGCAUUUGGUCCAAAAAUCCAGAAAUAUCUGUGGUGGAAGAAAUAUCUGACUAUCAUCCAAAUGAUCCAGUUUCACGUCACCAUCGGCCACACCGCUCUGUCGCUAUACAUCGACUGUCCAUUCCCGAAGUGGAUGCACUGGUGUCUGAUCGGAUACGCCCUCACCUUCAUCAUCCUUUUUGGGAACUUCUAUUACCAGACGUACCGUCGGCAGCCCCGCCGCGAGGUCACGUCCAGGCCCGGCAAAACCCUUUCCAACGGAGCCUCUUAUGGAGCCCUGGCAGCCAGUAAUGGAAAUAGCACCAAGAUGGAUGAGAAGCCGGCAGUGGCUGAGACCGGAAGGAGAAAGCGGAAGGGCAGAGCAAAGCGUGAAUAAAUCAAGAGCAAAGAGACGAACACAAGCAAACCUCCGUGCAGAUGCAUGAGAGAUGACAGUGCCUCAAAGCUGUUUCUUUAGCAUUGCUGGUGCGUCUCGGCUCAGAUCAAUCCAAACUUGUUACGAACAAACGGUAUGCCGAGCUUCUGCAGCAGAGAGGGAGAAAUAUGAUCUUGGGGAUUGCAAAGCUAGAAAUAAUCUGAAUAAUUUAUGAGAGGUUGUUUUCUGUAUGGUGUACAUACUUCCUUAUUAUCCAUUACCUGUUAUUUGUUACAUUAAUCUAUGUAUCUGAGCUGUAUAUCUUAUCAUUGUAAAAGGAUUACAAAGAUCAUUGUUAAGAUCGUAGUUUAUUACAGUGUGGGCCAAAAGUCUCAGACCACUAUUGCAAUGCUUCUGUUUUAUGUUUUUCAACACAAUCUGUCUUCAGAUAUUAAAUUGACAGGCAUUCAUUCAAGCUAUGAUUGAACUUCACAAGAUGGAUAAGCUGAUGAUACCAUCAAUUUAAUCACGAAUUUGCUUAUUUGAUCAGUGACAAUGCCAAUUUCAUUAUACAGUAGCUUUUCUUUAUUUUUCAGACUUUAGGAUACCACACUGUUUAGGUUUUAUUUAACAUGUUUUUUGUAAGGUGUCACUUAACAGGUGUUCAGCCGCUGGUGUAAUAUUAUGAUGCCAACAUCAAACUGACACAACAAAAAUCCCAGCUGCUUCUUUCAAAGUCAGGGAUGCACGCAUAUCGAAAUUUCUUUGUAGUCAGUAAACAUUACGACCUGUAUUUUACCUCUAUAUUUUGUCUGUUGUGCAUUUAAAUUCUGGAAUUGUACAUUUUGGAUAAAAACUGACUUUUGUGUGAUAGAAAAGUUAAGUGGCUGUUUAUGCUCCUAAUAUUAGCCACAUCAGACCAAUAAUUGAAAAUAAAAAUAUAAUGUGCAUCCCUAUUGAAAAUAGCUUUUGACAUAACUGAAAAUCAGUGAUAAGAAGCUUGAGAAAAUGAUAUCCUCAUACAAUGUAAAAAUAAAUGUUGAAAUAUGUUUGUAGCUGUAAUUUUGCAUUGUACAUACAGUCUUACAAUAUCAGAGUUUUUCAUUUUCAUUCAAAUCCCAGAAUACAUCAUCUGUUUGUCUUAUGUUUUUUAUAACGUUGUAUAUUUUGUGCAAUUUUGUACAUUGUGCUUCUAAAAAUAUAAUCAUCAAUAAUUAUGACAUUUUUAUAUAUAUAAAAAAAUAAUAAAUUGACCGCCAGUGCA